AUGCCUACUUCAUAUGAUUCUUAUUUGCGUAUUGCUACCACCAAUGCAUUAAAUGCUUACAAUUGCACUAGAAGAGGCUGUUUAUCAGAUUUGUGGUAUAUCCUGUAGCGAUGUACUCAUACUGGAUAUGAAGUUUAGCCUAAAUAUUCAGAAAGGAAAAUGAAAAGGCAGAUUGCCCAAAAGCAUUACUUUGAGACUAUUUUGUAUUUGAGCCCAACUCCUUAUUUAAGUUUUAUCUCAUCUACCACUGGUAGUCCUUCUAGAUUUGACAGCUAUAAAACUCUCGAUUUGGUAAGUGCUAUUGCUUAAGAAAGGAGACAUUAUUAUUACUCUGCUACAUAAUUUGAUCUUUUCAAACAAUAAUUAAGUCUAUAUAUACCCCCCCAACAUAAAGUAUGA